AAAAAAAGUCUACGUUAGAGACCGGACUACCGGAGACGGAGACUUGUGUAUGUCCUCAAUUCUAUCACCCGCCCUUCCAACUUCCAGCUUUCCUGGUACAGCAAACGCGUCACAGGAAAUGGCGGGAAGAGAUUCAAGCUUGAAACCCUGCGACCUGCUAAAGAAAAUCAGAGAGUUCACUAGAUCUCUUCUUGUAGAUCUCUCCGGAGGGAGAUCCCUUUCGAUUUCUCUAGAUCGCUACCGGAACUACUGCACGGAUCCUUCUGGAAAAUGCUAUUGCAGUUCUGAUUUGCCCAAGGGUAAGGAGAUACUCUCGCUUCAAAGGGAAUGCCAUGCUUAUCGACUGGAUGUCUUGCUAAGGGUGCUACACAUUGUCCAACAAUUGCUGCAAGAAAACAAGCAUGGAUCAAAGAGAGAUAUUUACUACAUGCAUCCGUCCAUAUUUUCAGAACAGGCAGUUGUAGAUCGGGCAAUCAAUGACAUAUGCAUCCUUUUAAAAUGCAGUCGUCAUAACCUAAAUGUGGCGUCUGUUGGAAAUGGGUUGGUGAUGGGAUGGUUAAGAUUUUUUGAGGGAGGAAGGAAAUUUGAUUGCAUAAAGAGUCCUUGCACUGUUCAUCCUGUUCCUGUACAUGUAGAAGAAGUUACAGGCAUAAUGAGCAUUGCCGAGUAUAUCCUUGUAGUUGAAAAAGAAGCAGUGUUCCAAAGGUUAGCUAAUGACAAGUUUUGUAGCACAAACCGUUGUAUCAUCAUCACGGGAAGAGGAUAUCCUGAUGUUUCCACAAGAAGGUUUUUGCGUCUUCUUACUGAAAAAUUGUGUCUGCCUGCCUACUGCCUGGUUGAUUGUGAUCCUUAUGGUUUUGACAUCUUGACAACAUACCGAUUUGGUUCGAUGCAAAUGGCAUAUGAUGCAAAAUUCAUGCGUGUAACUGAGUUGCACUGGCUAGGAGCUUUUCCUUCGGAUUCAAAGAAAUAUUGCCUUCCUGAACGGUGUCUUCUUCCUUUGACAGCAGAAGAUAAGAGGAGAGCUGAAGGGUUGUUACAAAGAUGCUAUUUGCAACGAGAAGAACCACAGUGGAGGUUGGAAUUAGAGAUGAUGCUUCAAGGAGGAGUAAAAUUUGAAAUUGAAGCAUUGUCAGUAUCCUCGAUUUCUUUCUUGUCAGAGAUGUACAUACCAUCAAAAAUUCAAGGUCAAUUGUAUAUCUGAAUUUAGCUGUACUUUCUUUGCCUUUUGCUAAUAAGAAAUAAACCACAGAACCAUUACAACAUACAAAAAAA